CAGGGUGAGCUAUCAGACAGACCCAGUGGUUUCUGUUUGACCAAUUACCGGGCCGGUCUGUGCGUGUUUUCCUGGGCGGCAACUGAUCUGAUAUAAUAACUGGGUCACUAAAUUCCUCUGUCCAGCACAUACCAGCAGACAUUAUACCAGAGGACGGAUCACAAACAUGAGCUCCUCCGCGGCUUUGGUGAGCGCCGCUGUUGCGUCGCUCUUAGUACUGAGCUCAGCUUGCAAAGAUGCGCAAACUUGCGUUCAGAGUGAGUCCACCAUAUCCCAUCCCUUCCAAGGUCAAGGUCGACCCAAUUUUGGCCCACGCUCUUUUUUUCCUGCGCUCAGCUAUCCUGUCCAGUUUCCCCUCGGCCAACCAACGGCUGACAACAUUGAGGCCAUAUGUGUUAACUCCGACCAUCGUCCCCGCUACCCAGAAUCUUAUUUUCCUAACUCUGGUUUUGGCAAACAGAAGCGCCAGGCCACAGCUGUUAAUAAUGCAGAGUGGUGGUUCAGCACAUGCUGCAAAGGGAACCAGACAUGGGGGACUGAGAUGACGCUGUGUUGCGCCACACAGGCAUGGCAACAGUCAGUUAACCUGUUCUGUGAGGAGGACUCCUCUGUCAAAGAUCGGCUUUAUCAUUGCUGCAGGAGAACGGAUACCAGCAGAUUCCAGUGUUUUAAAGAAAACGCUCAAAAUCCAAACUACGAGCCAACGCUUGAGCUGCCUGUGGAGGAGGUUGGCUCUACUCAAAGCUUUAACUUCAACCAGGACACUUGCCCGAGGAAUCUGAUGAGUCCACAUCUUGCAAGAGCCAGUAGAGAAAAAACUGAACUCAACCCAGCUGCCUCCCCAAAAACCGACAUCAUCUUCCCUCCUGGGAGGCCUUCUGCAAUCAACAUUGAGUCACUGUGUAGCAACCAGAAGUUCAGACCUCUCUACUCAACCAAGUGCCUCCCACGCUCAGGCUACGAGGUCCUGGCUCAUCAGGUGAAGACCAUCAACCGUUUGGAGAAGAAAUACAAGCAGUGCUGCAAAAAGAAGAAGGGUGCACUCCAAUGUGCUGAGCAGAAGUGGCGCUUGGAACUUAAUAGGUACUGCUCAGGCAAGAUUGCUGGGCAGAUAGACCUUCAGUGUUGUCAGUCAAAAGAUCCAUUUGGCUGUUUCCAGACAGUUUCUCUGGAUCCGCUCUAUAAUAAAACAUCUGAGAAGGAGGCACCUGCUCUUAGCACAAUGUGUGAUACUAAAAUUUUCACCGACAACAGAUUUCCUGUCGGUUUUCAGCUGAAAAGCCUAUGCUGCCCCCUGUCGGAGCAAGACAGAAACCCUUGUUUUGCACAAAAGAUUGAACAAUUAUCCCAGAGCCUGUGUUCAUCAGACACCUUUUCCACUGCAGCUGUUUACCGCUGCUGCAAGAGGACUUCACCUGAGGAGAUCUCACAAUGUGUUGGUGAAAAUGUCAUGGGGUUCAUCAACAAACAAUUGAAAAAGAGGGGUCAGAGGAAGAAUAAGAAAAUUUGCCCCAUUCCUUAAACACACACUUCACUGGCAGGAUCUGAUCCAUUAUUGGGUAUUGUAAGCUCACUCCAGAAGUGGUUCACAGUAAAUAUGUAUCUGAAUUUCUACCUAAAUCAUCUUUUGGUGUAAGUUACAAUUAUUACAUGAAGAGCAUUGCAAGAGAAUAAAUAAAACUGAGUACCUUUUAAUACAGAGUUUCUAACGAGACUCCAGGCUCAGUUAUUAUAGCACUGCUUUCUUUUUAUAUUGCUGCUGUUUGCAUGGUUCAUUUUACACAAGUAGUUUGCUGAAAACGUAAAAAGAAUACAUAAGGAAUUUUAUAUGGAUUUUAUUUGACACUUUAAAUAAAAAUAUUUUUUAAAU